AUGGCACAUGCGUGCUUUGACUGCUGCUGCUCUCCGGCGAGAGCUCUUGAUGCUGGUGACCUGCCUGGUCGUACUGUCCCCCAGGCAUGGAAGGUGGCGCAGUGUUUGGACGGCGAGUCCACUCAUCUCCGGUCACGGGAACAAUUGCAGAAACUCGUCUAUGCCUUUGUUGGCAGAGCUUCAGCCGCAGGUCAAGAUUGCCGAGUGUCGAGGGUACGACCGCCUGGGCGCGGCCAAGCGGCUCAGUACCAGCUGAAAGAUCGAGCUCGUGUUCUCGAACUGAAGGGCUCCACUGAUGGGAGUGACCAGUGGCAGCAGCUUCGUGCCUGGAGCAUCGGCAGCUUGCAUCUUCAGAAAGCAGAAACCUCAACAUUGUCAACCGAACUGGCUUCCGAUGCGGUCAAAUCAGCAAUUCUGGUUUCGGCGCAGACGGAAACUUGGUUGCUCAUCCUAAGUGGCAGUGAGGAGCGUGACAGUUUCUUUAGCGCGAUGCAGAUUUUGCAGCUCUACCAGACGCUGGCAGAGCAAUGCCCAGUAUCCACCCCAAAGAAGGGUGAAACUGCCACUCUGACGGAACGUGAGGGUGAGGGUGACCGCGCUCUUCUGCGGCCACCCGGACGAAGUCCAAUCAGCCCGCCGGUGUCGCCCUUUGCAUGCAAAGCACCUGCACCACCCCCGACUCCGCAAAAACUCGACGCUCUGUAG